AUGUUAGAUAACAAGGAACAAAAUCCAAUUGAUAUACAAACAGUAAGACGUGUUAUUGAACAUUUCAUUGAAUGCUAUCAAUAUCUAUUUAUAUAUAUUAUUAUGUGUUUUUAGGAAGUUGUAAGAAAUCCUAGUGUCCCUGACGAAGCUAUAAAUAUAAUCGAACAACAAGUUGUAAUGUUAAAUAACAAGGAACAAAAUCCAAUUGAUAUACAACCAGUAAGACAUGUUUUUGAACAUUUUAUUGAAUGCUAUUAAUAUCUAUUUAUAUAAAUAUAUAUAUAUUGUAAUAUGUUAUUAGGCAGUUGUAAGAAAUCCUGGUGUCCCUGACGAUUCUAUAAAUAUAAUCGAACAACAAGUUGUAAUGUUAAAUAACAAGGAACAAAAUCCAAUUGAUAUACAACCAGUAAGACAUGUUUUUGAACAUUUUAUUGAAUGCUAUUAAUAUCUAUUUAUAUGUUUAUAUUGUAAUGUGUUAUUAGGCAGUUGUAAGAAAUCCUGGUGUCCCUGACGAAUCUAUAAAUAUAAUCAAAGAACCAGCUGUAGGGUUAGAUAUCGAGGAACAAAACCCAAUUGAUAUACAAACA